AUGGCCUUGCGACUGCGGGGAAAAAAAGGCCUGGUGGGAGAGAAUUUGGAGCAAAAAAAUGAUGAGUUCACUAUGGCUCAGGUGAAAGGAAAAGAAUCUCCCAAGGCCAAAAGGACAGAGGGGGAUGAGAUCCAAGACGGCGAGAUGCAUCGCAGGGCCUCCAUCCAGCCCUGGACCGAUUGCCCGAUCAAGGACAUGGGAUGGGGACCGCCAAGCCAGGGUUUUCUUUCCCCGGCAACGAUCUGGCCAUUGAGCUUGCCUGACUGCAAGCCACGGUAG